GGAUGAGUUUUGACCCACGAUGGCCGCCGUCGAUACUAGCAAGUGCUGCGACUCCAAGGCACCGUUCAGCUUAUUUGUCAGAGGAAAUAUAAUGCCUUUAAAACCGUUUUUCACGUUAUUUUUUCUUCUUGUAACUAUAAACGAGUGUUUUUCCGACGAUGACCACGAAAUGGAAGAGUUUUUGAAGCGGGAAUAUUCCCUCUCCAAGCCUUACCAAGGUGUGGGAUCUUUAGGCUCCUCCCACUGGGAACUGAUGGGGGAUGCCAUGGUAACCACAGACCAGGUGCGACUCACACCUGACAUGCAGAGCAGGCAGGGGGCAGUAUGGAGCCGCAUUCCAUGCCAUCUGAAGGACUGGGAGAUGCAGGUGCACUUUAAGAUUCACGGACAAGGAAAGAAGAACCUGAAUGGUGAUGGGCUGGCCAUUUGGUACACUAAGGAACGCAUGCAGAAAGGUCCUGUAUUUGGAAAUAUGGACAACUUCACUGGCCUGGGCGUUUUUGUGGACACAUAUCCCAACGAGGAGAAACACAUCGAGGCGCAAAAGAAGAGAUACACACCUCGCACACAGAGGAUCUUCCCUUACGUUAUCUCCAUGGUGGGGAACGGCAGCAUCAGCUACGACCACGAGCGUGAUGGCCGCCCCACGGAGCUGGGCGGUUGCAAUGCCAUGGUGCGCAAUCUCAAGCACGACACCUUUCUCUUCAUUCGAUACGUCCGCCACAGGCUCACGGUGAUGAUAGACAUUGAUGGUCAACAUGAGUGGAGAGACUGCCUGGACAUACCCGGGGUGAGGCUCCCACUAGGCUAUUAUUUUGGAGCUUCAGCGAUCACUGGAGAUCUCUCAGAUAACCAUGAUAUAAUAUCACUGAAACUUUACCAACUGACGGUGUUGCGGAGUAAAAAAGAGGAAGAAGAAGAGGAGCAUGAUGAAAUAACCAUCCCCAGUGUGGACAACAUGGACCUCCUCAGAUUGGGUCAGAGUGAGGAAGGGAUGAGUGGAAUAUCAAUUUUCUUCACCGCGCUCUUCUCCAUGCUGGGUUGUAUCUUCCUCAUCAUCAUUGGCAUUGUGGUCUACAGCCAGUGGAAUGAGAGCCGUCGCAAGCGCUUCUACUGAGGAGCUCUACAAUGAUUGUGAUUACUACUGAGGUCCAAAGACCCAACUGCGAUAAAAGUGAGACUCUUCCAUCAACCGGUGGAGCAGUGGAUGUUUUUACCCUGAAGAAAACCUUAUUUUGACAGGAGUUAGAGUUUAUGUUUCCCCUGCUGCAAAAAGCCAUUCUCCAGCUGUGCCAUAGGUGAAUCAGCUGGAAGACUUUACACCUUGUCCUUAACGCCAGCCUGACGCACAUCUACUCAGCCUUACCAU